AUGGCGGACAUUUCAACUUUUCAAGCACUAGAUCUCCCACCUAUUUCAAAGAUAAAGUUUGAUUUGAUUCGCGCAACAAGGGAAUGUUCACAGAGAAAACUCCUUAAUAGUGCGAAAUGGGCUGCUGAAAUGUCAUAUGGUUUGGAAGUAGAGAUAGAAACAUCUCAGUUGCGACAUCAAGACAGAGAGGACUUUUUAAAAGAAUAUGACCAGUACACACUGGCAGUGAGCUACUUUGACCUGAAGGAAUAUGACAGAGCUGCCCACUUUGUCCACGAUUGUCAUAGCAGUCAAGCCUACUUUCUCUACAUGUACUCUCGCUACCUGGCUGAAGAGAAACGAAAAAAUGACAAUGCAUCUGACUCCAUAGGUCCUCCUAACAAACUAGAGAAUGAACAGUUGAAGACCCUCAAAAUGGAGCUGUGUAAAAAAUAUGCUAACAAGGAACUUGAUGGUUUUUGUUUAUAUCUGUAUGGAGUGGUUCUAAAAAAACUGGAAUUAAUUAAAGAAUCAAUGGAAAUAUUUGUGGAGGCAAUAACACAUGAGCCUUUACAUUGGGGUGCGUGGCAGGAACUGGCUGGACUCAUCACAGACAAGGAGACGCUGUUAUCCCUGUACCUGCCAAACCACUGGAUAAAGAAUGUGUUUCUAGCCCACAUCUACCUCCAACUCCAACUGAAUGAGGAGGCAAUGAAGAUCUACCAGAGCUUGGCAGAAAAUGGGUUUGCCAAAAGUUCCUACAUUGUAUCACAGAUAGCAGUGGCUUAUCACAACAUGAGAGAUGUAGAUCAGGCAAUGACUGUGUUCACAGAGCUUCAGGAAAUGGACCCCUACAGACUGGAAAAUAUGGACAUUUUCUCCAACCUGCUCUAUAUCAAGGAGAUGAGAGCUGAACUUGCCAACCUAGCUCACAAGUGUUGUGAUAUUGAUAAAUACCGGGUAGAGACUUGCUGUGUUAUAGGUAACUACUAUUCUAUACGACAACAGCAUGAGAAGGCGGUACUGUACUUCCAGAGGGCACUAAAACUUAACCCCCACUACUUAUCUGCCUGGACUCUGAUGGGCCACGAAUUCAUGGAACUGAAGAACACGUCUGCUGCUCUUCAGGCUUACAGACAGGCAAUAGAGGUUGAACGGCGAGACUACCGAGCAUGGUACGGACUUGGACAAACCUACGAAAUCCUGAAGAUGCAUUACUACUGUCUCUACUACUAUCGACAAGCCCAAAAACUCAGACCAAAUGACUCACGCAUGGUAAUGGCACUGGGAGAGACUUAUGAGAAAUUAGAUAGACUACAGGAGGCCAAGAAAUGUUUCUGGAAAGCUAACUGUAUAGGUGAUAUGGAGGGAACAGCUCUCAUCAAACUAGCCAGACUUCACGAGAAACUACACGAGGAGGACCAGGCAGCCUCGGCCUACACAGACUAUAUCAAUGAGGCCAGUAGACAAGGGAACUAUAAUCCAGAAGACCAGAGUCAAGCCUACAAGUAUCUGGCUAACUAUCACCUUAAACUUGGACAGCUGGACGAAGCUUUCACUGCAGCCCAGAAGUGUUCAGAAUUUCCAGAGACCCGAGAAGAAGCAAAGGGUAUAUUACGUGACAUUCAGAGUCUUCGUGCACAGAAGGAAGGCUUAAGCACUCCUAUGAGAAUGGAUGACAGUAUGGGAUCCAUUACAACAGAGCGCUUCCACACUAACGAUCAUACACCGAUUGGUCGCCUCUCUCCUGUCAACCUUAAGUUCACACCUUGACGAAAAGUUCUUGGGCUAAUAAUGUUGCACAACUUUUUGUUAGUGUAUAAGAUAGCAGAGAAUGGGGACAGAUUUGUGUGAUUUACUCUAGGUGGAGUGAACUAGGUGAAGAUCGCAGGUCAGCACCCUUACCUGUCUGUUACUACUCAUUUAACUGAUAAGAUAAGUUAAUCUGAAACUUACAGCCAGUAAGCCUGACCCAAGAAUUAUUUUUCUAAGUAGAAAAAUUAAUAGCUUAAAAAUCAGAAAACUAUAUAUGGAACAAUGCUGGUAGUAAUCUUAGGACUAGUGAAAUAAUCAUAUUAGAGGCCCAGUCUACUGAAAGCAUCAGAUUGGUGAAAUAAUUAGAUUGGAGAAUCUACUGGUAGAAAUCUAACUUUGCCUAGGACUGGUUAGGUAAUUAAAUGGGAGGCUCUGCUGGUAGGAAUCUCACUUUGCCUAGGACUGGUUAGGUAAUUAGAGGGGAGGCUCUACUGGUAGAAAUCUCACUGGGCCUAGGGCUGGUUAGGUAAUUAGAGGGGAGGCUCUGCUGGUAGGAAUCUCACUGGGCCUAGGACUGGUUAGGUAAUUAGAGGGGAGGCUCUACUGGUAGAAAUCUCACUGGGCCUAGGACUGGUUAGGUAGUUAGAUAGGAGGAUCUACUGGUAGAAAUCUCACUGGGCCGAGGACUGGUUAUGUAAUUAGAUAGGAGGAUCUACUGGUAGAAAUCUCACUGGGCCUAGGACUGGUUAGGUAAUUAUAGGGGAGGCUCUACUGGUAGAAAUCUCACUGGGCCUAGGACUGGUUAGGUAAUUAGAGGGGAGGCUCUGCUGGUAGAAAUCUCACUGGGCCUAGGACUGGUUAGGUAAUUAGAGGGGAGGCUCUACUGGUAGAAAUCUCACUGGGCCUAGGACUGGUUAGGUAGUUAGAUAGGAGGAUCUACUGGUAGAAAUCUCACUGGGCCGAGGACUGGUUAUGUAAUUAGAUAGGAGGAUCUACUGGUAGAAAUCUCACUGGGCCUAGGACUGGUUAGGUAAUUAUAGGGGAGGCUCUACUGGUAGAAAUCUCACUGGGCCUAGGACUGGUUAGGUAAUUAGAGGGGAGGCUCUACUGGUAGAAAUCUCACUGGGCCUAAGACUGGUUAGGUAAUUAAAUGGGAGGCUCUGCUGGUAGGAAUCUGUGGACCAAGGACUGGUGAAAUAUAUGGGAGGCCCUGCUGGUAGAAUUCAUACUGGGUCAAGGACAGGUGAAGUAAUCAGACAGGAGGCUGUACUGAUGUCUGAUCUGACAACUCAUCACACUAAGACUGUUAUAGUGUGAUGAUGUAGUUUAUUGUUGUUACUGUAUUAUCAUGUUAAAAUAAAGUGAACGUAAUGGAAAA